UGUAGCAGACAGACAGAGUGUGUGUGUGUGUUUUGUAGCAGACAGACAGACAGAGUGUGUGUGUUUUGUAGCAGACAGACAGAGUGUGUGUGUGUGUGUGUGGGGGGUUUGUAGCAGACAGAGAAAAUGCUUCUGUUUUGCCCAACGUGUGGAAACGUGUUGGUCGUAGAAGAGGGUCAGAGAUGUUACAGAUUCGCCUGUAAUACGUGUCCUUAUGUUCACAACAUUACAAGGAAGGUCAACAACAGAAAGUAUCCCAAGCUGAAAGAGGUGGAUGAUGUUCUUGGGGGUUCAGCCGCCUGGGAGAACGUGGAUUCCACUGCAGAAAAAUGUCCAAAGUGUGAGCACGCAAGGGCUUAUUUCAUGCAAAUACAGACCAGAUCUGCUGAUGAGCCCAUGACUACAUUUUACAAGUGCUGUAAUCAGCAGUGUGGCCAUCGCUGGAGAGACUGAGACAGUCCCAGUGCACCGCUGUGUCCCAGCCCUGCUCCUAGAGUCGUCUGUGUGUGUGUGUGUGCACAAAACACUUGGAUGUGCAGAACUGGGAAAGUUGUGCUAUGGACUGAUCAAAGAUACUUUGCUCCGUAAAGAACACAUCGUAUUCUCUUUAGGAUCUAUUUGUAAUGUACCGAGGUGAAGGCUGAUGUUUUGAGGACCCUGAAAUGUCAUUAUUUUCUUUGUCUAACGGUAAUCAAACCAAUUCUUUUUAUUUAAAGACACACUGAACUCUUUCUUCCCAGUUGAUUCGAUUAAAAGUGACAGAACCCA